GCUCUGUAUUUACCGAGGUAACUAAAACACCGCUCCUCACAUGCGUGGAGCAGCGUGUGUGUUUUUGCGCGCGUGUGUGCAGGGCGGUGCAGCAGCAGAGAGACAACCCCCGGCUGCCGGCUGGUUCGAGAUGAGCUGUUAUUCGUGGUGACCGACCGGCAGUUGUUUUAUUUAAAGUGGAGAGUUUGGAGCUUUGUUUUUAUGGCUAAUAGCACAACAAUAUCCAAAAGACACACUUUUUUAAUCCCGGAAAUUUGACUGCGGCUGCUGGAGCUAACUCACCUGGAUCCGUAAUGGAGCGGCAGAGAGUAGCAUGAUUGAACACUUUAAUUGUAGGAAAUAAUUAUUGAAUGCGCUGUCUGCUCGUCCUGGUUUUUUUUCACAACACUUUGUGCAUCCUCUGAGCUGAGUCAUGGUUGGUGGAGGAUCCGCUGAUCUGGCUCCAUCAGUCGCUGUCAAAGUCUUCUCCGCUGGAGCAGCUGGCUGUGUGGCCGACCUGGUCACCUUCCCUCUGGACACAGCCAAAGUGCGACUGCAGAUUCAAGGUGAAUCUAAGCCCUCAUUGGAAGCCCAGAGGAUGAAAUUCCGAGGUGUGUUCGGCACCAUCUUCACCAUGGUGAAGACCGAGGGCCCCAGGAGCCUGUACAGCGGUCUGGUGGCAGGCCUGCACCGACAGAUGAGCUUCGCCUCCGUACGCAUCGGCCUGUACGACAGCAUGAAGCAGUUCUACAGCAGAGGCUCAGAAAGUGCAGGAAUCGGGACUAGGAUAAUGGCGGGCUGCACCACCGGGGCGAUGGCGGUGACCUUCGCGCAGCCCACUGAUGUGGUGAAAAUCAGGUUCCAGGCUCAGAGCCGCCUGCUGGAGAGCGGCUCUGUGAAGAGAUACAGCAGCACCUUCGACGCCUACAGGGCCAUCGCCAGGGACGAGGGCGUCAGAGGGCUCUGGAAAGGUGCCUUGCCAAACAUAACUCGUAAUGCCAUCGUCAACUGCUCCGAGCUGGUGACGUAUGACAUCAUCAAAGAGCUCAUCCUGAAGAACAAGCUGAUGACAGACAACAUGCCGUGUCACUUUGUAGCCGGCUUCGCAGCAGGUUUCUGUACCACCAUUGUAGCGUCUCCCGUGGAUGUGGUGAAAACACGCUUCAUGAAUUCAAUGCCUGGGAAGUACAGCGGGGCGAUGAACUGUGCUUUAACCAUGCUGAUGAAAGAGGGACCCACAGCUUUCUAUAAGGGAUUUGUGCCCUCGUUUCUUCGUCUGGGUUCCUGGAACAUUGUGAUGUUUGUGAGCUUCGAGCAGAUUAAGAGAGGUGUCAUGAGAUUUCAACAGUCCAUGGAGCCUUCACUCUGAUCCGUCUGACAGCUGGUUGGCAUUGAACUAGUGUUGUGUGGCAAAGCCAGGAGCGUUUGUAUCAAGCAGCUCCUGCUAAACAGAGAAAAUAUGUUUUCUGCUACUGGUCAGACCUGCCUUCUCUCAGGGAUUAAACGGCACAAGUGUCUUAUUAAAAAAUAACUGCAGGGAAGAUCCUUUUGGAUUGUUACUGACUUGUUAUUCAAAUAGAUAUUUUCUAGCAAUGUUACUAAACAUUUUCAAAAUGGAGAACAAGGCCUAUUUCCUAAGUCCAGUGUGGUGUUGAUGCGGGGCCUGUCAUCGUUACAGCUUUCUAUUCAGAAUUUUUUAGUUGUAGUAAUUUAAAGUGUCUCGUUGGGUUUUGUAAAUUAUAUUAGAUUUUUCAUGUGAAGAGAUUUUUUUACAUUUUUUAGGAAUUAGGGUUUCAAGGAGUUUUUUUUUAAUAGAUUUAUUUUUGCAAUUAAUCAAUUAAGCUUUUAAUAGAAGAAAAACUUUAUUCUCCUGCAGGGAAAUUAAUUUGGGAUCUACGCUGCUGCAUCACACAACACACUUGUCAAAAACGUCACAACGGAUUUCAAAUUGUAAAAUAGAUAUUACAUUCAUGCAUACAUUGAAACUUUCAAAUGUCAAAAUAUUGUAAAAAAUAUUUGUCACAAUCUCA